AUGAGCGCGCAAUUCCCUACACGACCCAUAUCGAGACUCACAGGGCACAAUGGCCAAGUGCUCGCCCUCUGCUACAGCGCCGGAACAGGCCAAUACCUCUUGACCGGCAGCACCGACCGACAGAUCCGCCUCUUCAACCCUGCCACUGGCCUCGAAGUUCAGAGGUACAGCGCCCACGGCUACGAAGUGCACGAUUUGAGCGUCGCCCAAGACAAUGAUCGCUUCAUCAGUGUAGGCGGCGACAAGACCGUCUUUCUAUGGGACGUUGCAACACACCAGACGUUGCGCCGAUGGAGUGGUCACGCUGGCCGCAUAAACGCUUGCGCCUUUGCUGGCGAAGGAGAUUCUCUUGUGGUGACUGGGAGCUUUGAUUCGACCGUCAAGAUCUGGGAUUGCAAACAACGGAGCGAGAAGCCCAUCAUGACGUUAUCAGAGGCCAAGGAUGCUGUGUCUUCUGUCUCUGUAUCUGGUGCUGAGAUCAUGGCAGGCAGUGUGGAUGGUAGGGUUAGAUGUUAUGAUGUGAGGAUGGGUGUUAUCGACCAGGAUGUGCUUGGUCAUCCCAUUACUUCCGUCACACCAACCGUCAACAAUGAUUCCUAUCUCGCCAGCACCCUGGACUCGACCUUGCGCCUCAUGGACAAAAGGGACGGCAAAUUGCUGCAGGCGUUCCGGCAACCGGAUUUCAAGAACGAGAACUACAGACUACGAUCUACCCUGGCUGCAGGAGACAGUCUGGCCAUCUCUGGUUCAGAAGACGGACACAUAUACGUCUGGGAUCUGCUGACUGGCAACUUGAGCCACAAGCUCAAGCAUUCUAACCCCGCUCUGACGGAUGGGUCCAAAGCUGUUGUCUCCAUGUCCUCGAAGAGAGAUGUGGUGAACUCGGUAGCAUGGAACCAGUUGAGAAAGGAGUGGGCUAGUGCUGGAGGGGAUGGCAGUGUUGUCGUUUGGGGCACUUGA